AUGGACAGUAAACUGCACACGGCUGUUCGUUAUGGGAAUGUCAAUGGGGUGUUGGAGGCAUUGAGAAGUGGAUUCAGUCCUAAUGAUAUUGGGCUGUUUAAGUGGAGUCCGGUUCACGAAGCGGCAAAUAACGGAGAGAGGGAUAUACUUAAACUCUUACUUGAGUACAAAGGAGAUGUCAAUUUACAAGACAAGCUACAUGGUAACACACCCCUACACUACGCAGCACGAGAGGACAACUCCGCCUGUGUCACAGUCUUGCUGAAAGCUGGUGCUAGAAUCGAUCUGAAAAAUUUUGAGGGAAUGACCUGCCUGGAUGAAGCUACACCUUUGUGUCGAGAAAUUAUACACAAGUUUG